AUGAGUUCUGGAAAGGGUUAUAUUGCAUUCAGGCUACGUCCUGGUGAAGAUUUAUACACAUCAAUACAAGAACAAGCUGUUAAAAAUGGUUGUAAUGCUUGCGCUAUUGUUACUUGCGUUGGUUCCUUAAAAGAAUGCCAUGUAAGAUUAGCUGGAGCAACAGCAACAGAUCAAGUCAUUGUCCCUAUCCCUGGACCGCUAGAAAUCGUAUCAUUAACAGGAACAAUAAGCCAAGGAAAGGCUCACAUUCAUAUUUCAGUUUCUGAUAAUAAAGGACAAGUUUUCGGAGGACAUUUAGUUAAAGGGUCUCUAAUAGAAACUACUGCUGAAAUUGUUCUUGUAAAUUUAAAUAAUUUUGGAAUCCAAUUCACACGAGAAUUCGAUCAGGCCACAGGAUUUAACGAGCUUGUUGUGAAAUAUGAUAAUUAA